AUGGAAGAGGAACAUAAAGGAGGUGAAGAAGUAAAAUACAGGGGUGUAAGAAGAAGGCCAUGGGGAAAAUAUGGGGCAGAGAUUAGAGAUCCUACAAAAGCAACUGGAAGACAAUGGUUAGGAACAUUUGACACAGCUGAGGAAGCUGCUAGAGCUUAUGAUUGUGCUGCCAUUCGUUUGAGAGGUGCUCUUGCCAUUCUCAAUUUUCCUGAUGAAUUCUAUCUUCAUCUUUCCUCUUUAUCGCGGUCGUCGUCAUCGUCGUCUGCCAGUUGUUGUAGAGAGCAAAAGGAAGUAAUUGAGUUUGAGUAUUUGGAUAACAAGGUGUUGGAAGAUCUUCUUGGAUCAUCUAAUGAAGAUAAUGAUGAUUAACAUUGUUCUAGAGUCUUUUUCAAUUGACAUGAUUUUACAAAUAAUGGUUAAUUUGUUAGAGAAUGUGUUAGCAACAAUGUCUGGACUCAUAAUUAGACUACAUUUUUCGGAGGCAAAAUUUAUAUACUCUUCAAAAUUGUUUUCAGUGUUCAGGACGAAUUCUUGAAAUAUCUUAGUCUGAGUUUUCUCUUUAAUUCUUUAGGAGUAUUUCAAAUAUUUACAAUUUAUUAACAU